CGGAGCGGGGAAGCGGCGGUGGCGGCGGCGGCAUGGCAGCGCGGCGGGCGUGAGCGCCCAUCCACGGCCCCGCUACCCGGCCCGCAGGAAAGGAAGCUCAGGGGAUGCCUGUGAAGGAGCUGCUGCUGCUUCCGUAAUUGCCGGUGGCCGCUGCUGGGCUCCACAGAAACCUCGUCCCUGCGGACAGGCGGCCUCGAGUCCUGCCAUCUGGAGGCCGAGGCUGCAGUGGCCGACAUGGAUUUUCUCUUCGUCUGCCCCUUUCUGCUGGCGCUGCUGCUGUCCCAGAGCAGCUUUGCAGACCUGGAAAAACAGAGGGUGGACUCUGGCUUGGAAAUCUAUAAGAAGCUGUUUGAGGUGAAGCGUAAGGACCAGAUGAACGCACUGAAGAACCUGAUCGAGCUCAACGAUGUCAACCAGCAGUACAAAAUCAUCGACAUCAUGCUCAAGGGACUCUUCAAAGUGCUGGAGGACUCCCGGGCUGUGCUCAUCGCUGCUGACGUGCCUCCUAACGGGCCUUUCCCUCAGGACGAGAAGAUAAAGGAUGCGUACUCCCACGUGGUAGAGAACACCGCCUUCUUCGGGGACGUCGUCCUGCGCUUCCCCAAGAUCGUGCACCACUACUUCGACCGCAACUCCAACUGGAACAGCCUCAUCCGCUGGGGCAUCGGCUUCUGCAACCUGACGGGUGUCUUCGAGCAGGGACCUCACUCCCAGGUCCUGGGGCUGAUGGCUCAGGAGCUGGGAAUCAGCGAGAAAUCACCCGAUUACCGCAACCCCUUUAAAACAGACCACUCUGAGUUUUUCCCCAGUGCCGACACCUUCCAGAAGGCGCUGCGGGAGGAGGAGAAGCGGAGGAAGAAGGAGGAGAAGCGGAAGGAGAUCCGCAAGGGCCCGCGCAUCUCCCGCUCGCAGUCGGAGCUGUAGCGUGCGGGGGCUCGCUCCCUCUUGGUGGCCUCGGGCCGGUGCCCCGCGGCCCCCUUUCCAUUUGUGCUGUGGUGGGUUUUGUUUUGUUGCCUUUUCAUUUGGUGGGGGCCGAGUGGCGGUGCCGGUGGGUUGCCCCAACGGAGCUGAAGUGGGGCAGCCCAUCCCCAGAGCCAAAGCACAGAUGGGAAGGCAGCGGGGCUGUCCCCUAGGCUGGUCAGGGCGCUGCCACCCACGGUGGGGUAUGGCGAGGGGGACACGCUGUGGCUGAGCCCCACGAGGAGCCCAGGGAGCCCUCCCCUCCGCAGCAGCACCAGGGUGCCCCACGCUGAAUGUGCCUCCUCCGUCGUGGGUGGGCUGGGGAGCUCAUCAUGCCAAACAGCCUCAUGAGCAAUGCUGCUUCUCUCAGUUUUGGGGUUUUUAUUUUGUUGGGUUUUUUUUUUUUUGGUUAGGCCGAUGAUCUCAUUGGCACCCCCCCACCUGGUUACACCUUGUCUCUGCCGGAUCAGCUCUCCCCUCUUCCCAGCAGUUGUUUUUUCAAGCAAAGUCCGUUCCAUCCAUCAGCUGUAGUUCAAAAGGCCAGUGGUGCUGGUUCCUGGCCCGACAGCAUCCUCCUUUCCUGGGCAGCUGCCAGAGGGCAUUCCCACAGGGAGGCAAACCUGGUGAAUUUUUGGGAAGGAGGGAUUUCAACUCUUGGACCUCUUUGCAGCCGUAAGCCCUCUUUGCCCAUAACGAAAGUGCUGGAGGUGCCGGGGACCCAGCCCUGAACCCUGGUGACCCUGUCCCACACCCCACGCGUCUGGCGUGGAGUUGAUCCUUUCGGAAGCAGGGAGGGAGACAGCCCGUGGGCUGCGACCCUCUGUGGGGUGUCUGGGCUGCAGUGGGAGGGGGAGGUGAGGGCUGCACCCCCCAGACCCCGGACAAGAGCCCUGCCUUUUCUCAUGGUGGCUCCUGCAGAGAGGCCAUUCCCGAGCAGCAGGUGCCCUGUGCCGGGCGGGGGGCACCGCAGCCUCCGGGAAAGGGGAAACGUCCGGAAUUUUUAACUGCAGCCCCAGGUGUGUUCGGCGUGGGGGGUGGAAAUCGGCACGUUUUGUUUUUCUGGAAUAAAAUGGACUUUAUUUUUUUUUUAA